ACGGCUAAAGCAACAGGAAGUGUUCUAAACUGAGCCGUAGCUGCAGAUAAGGAAUGACCUGUACGCUUGAGAAGGUACUGGCCGAUGCCAAAUCGCUUGUGGAGAGACUCCGGCAUCAUGACAAUGCUGCUGAGAUCCUGAUAGAACAAACCACACUACUGAACAAGAGAGUGGAGGCCAUGAAACAGUAUCAGGAAGAGAUUGAGGGGCUGAACCAGGUGGCGAGACAUCGGCCGCGCUCUGCUCUGGUCAUGGGCAUCCAGCAGGAAAACCGGCAAAUACGGGAACUGCAACAGGAAAAUAAAGAGUUGCGCACAUCACUAGAGGAGCAUCAGUCUGCGCUGGAGGUGAUCAUGAGUAAAUACAGAGAGCAAGUGUUUCGCCUUGUGAUGGCCGGCAAGAGAGACGAUCCUGCUAUAGUCACCCAGCUCAGAGAACAACAUACUAAUGAGAUGCAAGUGCACAUUGAAAAGAUUAAUGAAAUGGCCACAGUGAUGAGGAAAGCCAUCGAAGUGGAUGAAGGGCGACUGUGUGAUGAUGAAGAGAGAAUUAAACGACUGGAGCUGGAGAACAGUGGUCUGCGCGAGCUGUUGGGCAUCAGUCGCGAGGCGUUUCUGGUGCUGAAGAGCAACGACACGUCUGACAGCACAUCUCUCUCUCCGCUGCUCACCAGCACAGACGUCAGUCUGAGGAAAAGCUAGAGACCAUCAGAGACUCUGUACGACACCAUGCAUUACAUCACCGCUCACAUGACCAGUGUGAGAAAACCAACAAAUCCCACAAUCCUCCAUCAUCACUCGCUCACUGCCAGCUCAGCUUGACCUGGAUGUCCAUCACGGGGCGACAGCUGUCAUGAGCGAUUCAGCGCUCUCGGUGUCUGUGGGGCAUGUUGACUAGCCGAGCGAACUGAUCGGCAGAUUGUGCAUUAUUACCUGAAUGUGGGACUUUGCAAAGUGAAUGUGCACACAAUGUAGCUUUUUUUGCUUGUUGUAUUUGUGACGGUUUAAUGUGUGUAUGAGAGAAAGUAUCAUUGAUAGUGA